AGGUGACAGAUGUGCAAAGAAACACAUGUCUGAUGGAUUUACCUUGUCCAGACUGGAUCAAACAUGCAGAACAGAUAUGGAGCCGUCUGUAUCCCGACCAGAAGAAAACGUUCUCCACCCAGUUAGACAUAGAUGAAAUGUUUGACUUUGGACAGUCCCAUACCACGCCAGAUGAUGUGCGGAUAAUGUCCGAUAUCGGCAGGACUACACCGGUGCAGAAGUGUGCUCAGAGUGCCCUGACGCUUAGAGAAAGAGGCAAUGGUAGCUUCAAGAAGAAGGACUACACUUCAGCUGUACUACACUACACUCAGGGGGUGUGCCAUGCUCCGGGGGACUCUGAGCAGCUGGCACUUUGCUACGCCAAUCGAUCUGCCGCCCUCUUCCACCUCAGGCGCUACCAGGAGUGUCUGGAGGACAUUAGCAGGGCGCUGGAGCACGGCUACCCCUCUCACCUGCAGCCCAAGCUCCUCAGCAGGAGAGCCCAGUGCCAGGCCUGCCUCCCCUCACACCAGCCUGGGCAGGACGGAGCAUCAACCACCCUCCACAGUCCCACUCUCACUCCCACUUCCACACCCAGCUCCAAUUCUAGACCACAGACACAGGGCAGCCAACCCCACGCAUCGUCCCCCCUGAUGGGGUUGAGCCUGAGAUUCAGCCCUGAGAAAGGACGCCACCUGGUGGUGGUGGAGGGUAGGCGUGCAGGAGAGGUGCUGUUGGAGGACCAGGCUUUCAGCUGCGUGCUGAUCCCAGGAGAGGGGCUCCGAGGCGGGCAAGAGCAGGGGGACGACCGGGGAGUGGGCAUGGGGCUCAGGAAGGGGGCCGGAGGAGCCAAGAAAGAGACCUUUGGCACAGAAGAGAGAUGCUGCCAUCGCUGCCUGCGCCCCUCGCUGUGCCUGGUUCCCUGCCCCGGCUGCAGCUACACCCGCUACUGCCAUCGGCCAUGCCAGCAGCAGGCUUGGAAGGAGCACCACCGGUGGGAGUGCCCCCUAGGGGCCGAGUUGAGGGCCGCGGGGGUGCUGGCACAGCUGGCACUCAGGGUGGCACUGAAGGCCGGACUGCAGCGGGUACAGAGGGCACGAGACACACAGCAACAGCGUGAGACAAGGAGACAAUCAGACCAGGAAGUACUUGAGGAGUCGAAGGACGACAUUGGCAGAGGGAACACUUCUGGUCCUCACACCCAGGAAGUAUGUGGGAAUGGGAAGGACAGCAUUGGCAAAGGCAACACUUGUGGUACUGACACCACUACAUCUCCACUCGCUUGUGUACAAGCAGGGUCAUCCACUCUACCAGCACAUGAACCUACCAUGACCUAUGACCCUAGUAUGGGUUGUCAUGGUGAUAUGUAUCAGCGUGUUUACAGUCUGCUGCCACACGUGGAGGGACACCCUGCCAGCCUUCGCUUCCUGUAUGCUGUCACCAUGGCAACGCUGUUCCAAGCACUGCGGCAGGCAGGCCCUCCUCCUCCUUCCUGGGGAGGCGGGGACUGUAAUAUGAGUGACGGCUGUUCUGUCCAAUCAGCUGGAGAGGAUGGUGCGUGCGACGCCUGGAGGCCAGAGCUGAGCAUGCUGGGAGCUACGGCUCUGAGGCACCUCUUGCAGCUCAGGGCCAACGCACAGGCCAUCAUCACCGAGAGAGUGGCAGACAACAGCAGCGAUGCAGCUGUGCAGGCGAGCCAGGAGGUGCGUUUGGGCACGGCUAUCUUCCCCACUCUCAGCCUCCUGAACCACGCUUGCCGACCCAACACCAGCCUCGCCUUUGACCCCUGUUGCCGUGGGAACUCAUCCGAGGGCACCUCCCCGCACCUGGUGUCAUCCCCAGACUCCUCUGUCACGGGAGUGUCUGUGACGGUGCGCGCCUCCAGGGACCUCAGGGAUGGAGAGGAGCUGCUGCAUUGCUACGGUCCCCACUGCAGCAGGAUGGAGGUGCAGGAGAGACAGCGCCUCCUGCUGGACCAGUACAUGUUCACAUGCCAGUGUGAGGCCUGCCUGCAAGACCUGCAGUCACCAGCAGAGGGCCUCAGUGCUAAAAGUCACUACAAGUGUCCCAAAUGUGCCAAGGCUUUGCAGGCGAAGGCUGGCAUGUAUGUGUGUGUGCAUAAGGGCUGCUCUGGGCAGGUGAGCAGGGAGCAGUUAGAGGGCAUCCUGAGGACCCUGAAGGCUCUGCUGGACCAGGCUCUGGAGCUCCUGGACAUGGACCAACCAGAUGAGGCUCUGCCAUUUCUUCAUGAGGCGAUGAAUAAAGCGAGGCGCCACCUGCUGGACACUCACAGACUGCAUGGCCAGCUCAGUGACGCCUCAGCCAGAGCUUACGCCAGCAUGGGUAUGUGGAGUGAGGCGGCAUCUCACCUAAGAGUGAGUGUGGAGUCUGUGCGUGGCCAGUUUGGAGAGGACAGCGUGGAGCUGGGACAGCAACUCUUCAAACUCACACAGCUACACUUCAACGGAGGGCAGGCUGGCCCAGCGCUGUGUGUGUUGGCUGAGGCUCGCCGGGUUCUCUCCCUCCACCGACACACACACUCUGAGGAGCUGCAGGAGCUACAGGCCAUGGAGGACUGCCUGAGAGGCUCACGCUAAACACACAUACACACACACACACACACACACACACACACACACACACACACACACACACACACACACACACACACACACACUCUGAGGAACUCUGGGAACUACAGGCCAUGAAGGACAGGCCAUGAAGGAGAGUCAUACUGAACACACACACACACACACACACACACACACACACACACACACACACACACACACACACACACACACUCUGAGGAACUCUGGGAACUACAGACCAUG